CUCCAGUCGGCGAUGGCGUUCAACAUUUGGGCCCUGACUCAAAAGAAGACUCUCUAUGUAUACACAUCAUCAUUUUCUGUUUUGGUGUUGGCAUUCAUUAUCGUCUUUGAUCUUCUACAAUAUACCGUCUUCGAAAGAGCAGAUAUGACCUCACAGGGAUUCACAGAGAGCUUACUGACGAUUCAUGUUUUGAGCUACUACACGGCCUUAUUAGGGUUCGUCUAUAACACGAAGGCUGGGAAGAGAUUAGGCGCUGCUAAACUGGAGUGGAUUUCAGUUGUUGCAACGUUUUUGCUGUCAAUCAUGCGAGUAGGCAUCGAAAUCAGCUUCCUCUCAUUCCGCAAGCAAGCGUUCAAGAAUUUCAACGAAUGACGGACAGGGAAUCA